CAAACUGCUUACAAAAUUCAAGAUGCCUGCAAAGUUUUAUAGUGUGUGUGUGCCUAAUGUGCAGAAUACUCGGUCAGCUGGGACGCUUUUUUCUCAUUUGGCAAAAAGCUGCGCCUGUGUUGUCAUCGUUAUGUGUGUACGCAUUGUUGUUGCUACUGCUGCUGCUGGUGCUGCUGUCUAAAAAGCUUUUUCAACUAAUAACUGCUGCGCUUAAUUUUCUAUUUGAUGGCAACGAAAAUUGACACAGUUAAAUCGUAAAGAGUUAAGCAAGCAUUUUAAUAGACGCGCAAAAAGAAUACGAAGAAAAACUGCAUGCACAAUGACGGCCAAGUGAUACGAUAGACAAUCGAAUUUCCAUUCGACUUUCAUUCACGACUCUCGAGUGAGAAAAGCGUAUCCAACGAAUUUUUGACCAUGUCAACGGAAAGCAAUACGCCCGUGGAUCCGCGUGUCCAGAUUGAGCUGGAGAAGCUGAACACGGCAACAGACAAUAUCAACAAAUACGAAGUGGAGCUUGAUGAGUCCAAGUGCGAAUUCAAGCGUCUGCUCGCCGAGAGCGUCGUCCGCAUCAAGGCCGCUGCCCAUAAACUGGGCAACUCCAUUGACGCCGCCAAGCCGUACUAUGAGUCACGCAUCUAUGCCGCCCAGCUGGCCAAGGAGACACAGUUGGCGGCCUCGAACCAUGAGAAGGCCAAGUCCAUUCAUGCCGCCGCCAAGGAGAUGGUCUAUCUGGCGGAGCAGGGACUCGGCGAGAAGUCCACGCUGGACACCGCCUGCCAGGAGAUGCUCAGCCAUGCGGCGAGCAAAGUGAAUCAGUCGCAGCUCGAGGUCAGCGACACUCGCAACGCCCUCAAGAUGUGCCAACUGAAGCUCGAGGUGGCCAACAAUCGUGUGGGCAAGCUGCAGGGUCAACUGAAGCAGGCGUUGCGCGCCUCCAGAUUGCAGCUGAGGCGCAAUUUACUUUUGUUGAGAUACCUUAGCAUAUUGCACGCUUUGUAUUGUACCCAGUGCUCACCGUACUACGAGACGCGAGCCAACUACAAUGGACUGCUGAAGGCACAAAAGCUGCGCGUCAACGAUCUGGAGGCGAAGGUCAGUGCCGCCAAGUUGACCUACAACGAGGCGCUGAAGAAUCUAGAGCAGAUCUCCGAGGACAUUCACCGCCAGCGACAGCAGCGCAACAAUCUGCUCAACUACGAGGCCAUGUUGCGUCAGGUGGAUGCUGUGGAUGCACUCACCGCCGCAGCAGCCGUCGGCGUGGAGCAGCAGUUGAUCUCGGAGCGACAGCAGGAGGAACAGGGACAGGAGCCGGAGGACGAGGAGUAUCUCAGCAUGCCGGAGCGCCUGAGCAGUGGCUGCAGUUCGCCGCGUCAACGUCAAGCGGAUCCACAUGAUUGCCCCCAUCUGUUGCAUGACUUCGAGGCAGUGCUAACGUUCCCUCAGAAGCUGGCCGGGGGGAUGCACAAAUCGGCGAGCACCAGUGCCACCGAUGGCGACAAUAAUCUGUUUGCCCAGGCGCAGGGUUUGCAUGCGCCAUACGAUAUCAAGCCGCGCUCCGAAUCCGGCAGCUCCUCCAUCUCCGCCUCCGUCUCGGCUUCGGCAUCGACAUCGACGGCAGCGGCAACGGCGCCGCCGGCGGACAAUGAUAUCGAUCAGUGGACGGAGAUUCGACUCUCGCACUCGGACAGCACCAGCUCCAGUUACUCGAAUCAAUCGCUGCUGGAGCAGCAUGGCCUGGAUGGCGCUGGCGGCCUCGGUGGCGGUGGUUGCGGCCUAGGCGGUGGCUCUGGACUGGGCUAUGGCCUGGGCGGCAACCUCGAGGCGGAUGCGCAGUCCCAGCACUCGACGUCCUCGUCGGAUGAGCCAAAGCGCAAGGUGACGUGCACCACCAUAUUCCAGGAUGACAGCGUCGCGGGAUUUGGAAGCGGGCAGCAACAGAUGAGUCGCAAGCAGAGCUUGAGCCAAUGGCUGUCACGUUCGAACAGCUUCAAGAGCAGCGGACGGCGGCAGAGUCUCGAUCUGCUGAUCGAUGCCGGCGACAAGGUGAAGGAUGUGUUUAGCUAUGGCUUUCAGCGGGUCGGACGCAGUCUGGAGCGGCGCAACAGUGAGUCCGAGAUGGCCAACGAUGGGGCUGGCGAGGCGGAUGCGUUGCUGGACAACAGCUCUGCGGCAGCAACAGCAGCGACGGCGGCGGCGGCUGCGACGCACGCAACGACGACGGCAUCAGCGACGAACAGCAGCAGCAGCAGCAGUGCCGGCGAUUUCUUUUCAUUUAGCAGAUCCUCAGAACCCAAAGAGUUACUGUCCGAUGAGCAGGUUGAGAAUUUACUCUUGAAUCACAUGGUGGAUGAGCAUGGCGUCAUUAUAGUGGAGGAAUUAAAGUCACCCACAGUGGCCAGAACAACAACGACAAGCAUGCAUCACCCACAACAACAGCAACAACCGCAGCAGCAGCAACAACAACAGCAAAAUCAUCAUGCCACAUUGAGUGUAGCGAGCGCUGCACGUGCCGCAUUAAUGUUUUAAACACCGAGAAAACUGUACUUACAAAAUGAUGGAAAGCAAAAAGCAAAUUAUCAUGACCACACAUUGCAAGCAAUAUAGUAAGAGGCGAACAUAUCACACGACAUCAUAGAAUACCCCCCUCCACACCCCAUAAGCUAAUGCUUUAGACAAGGGGGAGCAGCUGGAGAGCAGAGCAGAGAAAAAGGAAAUCCUCUGGAAUUUAUUUUUUAAUUUAUACAUAGUUUUUGGCUAUGUUCUAAUCCUAACAUGUGCAAUAAUGUUGUUUAGCGUACAAAAAAAAAACAAAAAACAAAGUUACAUUUUAUGCUGUUCUGAAAAAGCAAUUAACUAACAUUUAGGCAUACGAAU